AGCAGGAGGCAGUAAAGCUCAACAAAGACAAACUCGAACGCAUUCGAGGCAAAGCACCGGAUGUGUUUAUCCUAAAUCUGACAACAAACACAGCCGUUUAAAGUGACUGUUUUAUUAAUUCUCAAUUUUCCAUAACAUAGCAAAGGCUACAAAUUAAUAUCUACAGCAGCAGCAGCUCAGCAUCAUGUCUGCAGAUCUGGAUCUGUCUCCUCCAGAGGUUCCCGAACCCACUCUCUUCGAGAGUCUCUUGCGUUAUGGAUUAUUUCUAGGGGCCAUUUUUCAACUCAUCUGCAUUUUAGCUAUAAUUAUACCCACAUCCAAGAGCCACGAACAGGUGGAGCCGUCAGAGCCGGUGGACACUCGCAGCUCUGAGCAGAACCGAAAGCCAAAGGGACCCGUUCAACAAAUCCGACAGAAGCUGAAAAAGGAGAGCAAGAAGAAGAGAUAGUGUGUGUGUGUGUACUGACUGACAGUGAAUGUGAACGAGAAGGAAACACUAAAGGUGCAGCAGGAACCUUGUGUAAAGAUUCAGCUGUGGAUUUGCUAUUGAUUUAGAGGAUGUGCCUCAAACGAGAUAUUGUUCAGUUCAGCCAUUAUAACAUCUGAUGUUGCCACAUGCUUCAAAACAGUGUUAUGUUGCACAUUAUACAUGUAUCUGUGUUUUUGAAUAAUCUUUAGUGUUAUUUUUAUGGCUUUUUUAAGUAGCUUCAUCUGAAUAAACUGAUGGCUGUC